AUGAAAGAUGAAAUGAACAGGGCGCUCCUAAUUCCAUCUGCGGAUGAUCAAGAUGAAUUGCAAGUCCCUCGGCUGCGUAGCGGCCUCGGCUACUUCAUCCCUGACGCGGACGACAUCCCACCCAUCACCAGCGGCAGAGUAUUGCUGAGGGAAUUCAGAGUGGAGUUUGGGAAGCUGUGGUAUCUGGCGGCCCCGGCCAUGUUUACCUCCAUCUGCCAGUACUCGCUCGGGGCCGUCACACAGACCUUUGCCGGCCACAUCAGCACCCUCGACCUCGCCGCCUUCUCAGUCGAGAACACCGUCAUCGCGGGUCUCAGUUUCGGAGUCAUGUGGGGCAUGGGAAGCGCGCUGGAGACGUUAUGCGGGCAGGCGUACGGCGCUGGGCAGAUGGAGAUGCUGGGCGUUUAUAUGCAGAGGUCGUGGAUCAUCCUGCUGGCCACCAGCCUGCUCCUCACCCUCAUCUACGUUUUUGCAGAGCCCAUUCUGCUGGUAUUGGGCCAGGACAAAGACAUCUCCCGGGCCGCGGCCCAGUUUUCGUGGUGGAUGAUUCCACAAUUAUACGCCUACGCCCUCAACUUCCCCAUCUCAAAGUUUCUGCAGGCCCAGAGCAAGAUGAUGGCCAUGGCCUGGAUCUCGGCCGCCGCCCUUGUCCUCCACUUCGCCCUCAGCUGGCUUCUGAUGCUGAGGCUCGGGUGGGGGAUGGCCGGUGGGGCCAUGGUACUCAACGCCUCAUGGUGGUUCGUGGUGGUGGCCCAGCUUGUGUAUAUAUGGGCUGGGGCGUGCCCGCAAGCAUGGACCGGAUUCUCGAGCCAGGCAUUCCGCAACCUUUGGGGAUUUGUCAAGCUGUCCGCGGCCUCUGCUGUUAUGCUCUGUUUAGAGAUGUGGUAUUUUACAGCGCUCGUACUCUUUGCUGGAUACCUCAAGAACGCGCAACUUUCGGUUGACGCGUUAUCCAUAUGUAUGAACAUAUUAGGUUGGACAAUAAUGAUAUCCUUUGGAUUAAACGCAGCAGUAAGUGUAAGAGUUUCAAAUGAACUUGGGGCAGCACAUCCAAGAACCGCAAAAUUUUCCAUGGUGGUUGUGGUGGUAACUGCAACCUUAUUGAGCCUUGUCGUUGCUGUAAUCAUUCUCAUAUUCGAAAAACAGUAUCCUUCAGUGUUUAUUGAAAGUCCGAAGGUGAAGGAAAUUGUUUAUGAACUCACUCCAUUGCUUGCCUUGUGUGUCGUAAUCAACAAUGUCCAACCUGCACUCUCAGGUGUGGCUAUUGGGGCAGGAUGGCAAGCCUUGGUUGCUUAUGUCAAUAUUGGAUGCUACUAUAUGUUUGGCAUUCCACUAGGUUUACUUAUGGGAUAUGUUCUAAACAUGGGUGUAAAGGGAAUAUGGAUCGGUAUGAUAACAGGAACAAUUGUGCAGACAUUUUGCCUAUUUCUCAUGGUUUACAGGACUAAUUGGAACAAAGAGGCUUCAGCUGCUGCAGAUAGAAUCAAAAAAUGGGGUGGAGAAAUUCAUACCAAGGCAGAUAAUCAACUCGUCAGAUAA